AACUGAGGUUAAGGAAACAAGCAUGUAAUAAAAUUUUUGUUUUAUUAAAUCAUACUUAUUAUAUUUCGGGUCUAAAAUGGCACUCGACGUAAAAACGUUUGUGCUCGAUAACGGAGCUUAUACAGAAAAAUGUGGGUACAGCACCCAAGCAGAACCCAGAAUCAUUCCAAAUUGCAUUACAAAGGCUAAAAGUGAAAGAAGGCGCCCAUUUAUUGGUGACCAAAUUGAUGACUGCAAAGACAUUUCUGGUCUUUUCUACAUUCUGCCUUUUCAAAAGGGAUAUCUGGUCAACUGGGAGGUUGAAAAGCAAGUUUGGGAUUAUACAUUUGGCCAAGAUGUGUUUAAUAUAGACUUUGGAGAGACCUGCCUGAUAGUGACAGAGCCAUACUUUAACUUCACAUCCAUUCAAGAAAAUAUGACUGAAAUUCUUUUUGAAGAAUACCAGUUUCAUUCACUUCUUCGUAUUAAUGCGGGAACAUUAAGUGCUCACAGAUACCAUAAAGAAAAUCCAAAUGAACUUUGCUGUCUUGUUGUGGAGUCUGGAUACUCUUUUACCCAUAUAGUACCUUAUAUUAAGGGAAAGAAGUUGAAAAAUGCUAUAAGGAGAAUCAAUGUUGGUGGGAAGGCCCUAACCAACCACCUAAAAGACAUCAUCUCAUAUCGACAGCUUCAUGUAAUGGAUGAAACGUAUGUCAUGAAUCAAGUAAAAGAAGAUGUGUGCUAUGUGUCUACUCAGUUUGACCAUGAUAUGUCAGUUGCACGGAAAAAAGGAAAAGAUAAUACCAUCAUAAGAGAUUAUGUUCUCCCUGACUACACUGUUAUAAAACGAGGUUACGUCCGACCCUUGGAAGAAACAACAGGCAAGCCCAAAGAUAAUGAACAGAUCAUUAGAAUGAAUAAUGAAAGAUUUAUGGUCCCAGAAUUAUUGUUCCAUCCAUCUGAUAUUGGAGUGCAAGAAAUGGGAAUUCCAGAAGCUAUUGUGCAUUCAAUUCAGGCCACUCCAGAAGAAGUCCAGCCUCAUCUGUAUAAGAAUAUUCUGCUAACAGGAGGAAAUGCCUGUUUUCCAUUCUUUAAAACACGAGUGUACAGUGAUGUGCGAGCUUUUGCACCAGAAUUAUAUGAUGUUAGUGUCACAUUACCAGAAAACCCUGUUACCUUUGCUUGGCAUGGAGGAAGCCUGCUGUCUGAAAAUGAAGAAGCUCCAAAAAUGAUUGUGUCUAAAAAGAUGUAUGAAGAAAAUGGGAUGAACCUUUGCUUAGAAAAAUUUGAUGUCUGAAACAAACAAUUGAAAUAAUUUUUAUAGUAAUUUAUAUUGUGUAUGACCAAGGAACUCGGUAGGCAUAAUACAAACACGCAUGCUAAAAAAAAUCAACAAUGGCAGAGAGCUUUACUUUAAAAGAUGAUUGCCCCUCACUUUCAUUUCUUUCUGUACCAAACAAACCCAAAAACAAGGCAAGAAACCAUCGUCAAGAUACCAAACCAGAAAGUGACCAACCCACUAAAUUAUUCAUCUGUCUUCUUGUUGUUUCAGUUGAAAUAACUCUACAACUACUUUAUCACUAAUGUCAGUCAAACAUAAAUCCACUCUAGUGUUUCUGGAAAAUG